ACUCGCAUAAAUUAUGGUCUUCACACUUGCUCCCAAUUAAUCAAUCUCACCAUUCUCUCCAAAAUCUUUUCAUCUGAUUUCUCUCUCGCAAACAUAAACAAGUGAAAUAAGAAACAAUGGAGCUUUUCAAUGAGAGAUUAACAGCAAUAAAAACGAUGUUGUGUAUGCUACUAAUGAUCCAAUUAAGUCUUAUGGCUAUAAUGGUUAAGGGAGAGGUUUACAAGGUUGGUGAUUCUAGUGGUUGGGUGGCUAAUACUAACUCCAAUUACUCAAAUUGGGCAUCUUCUAAGAUCUUUCGUGUUCAUGACAUUCUUAUGUUUGAGUAUAACUCAACCAACGACAAUGUAAUACGGGUGACCCAUUCAGACUUCCGUUCGUGCAACACAUCUUCUCCAAUCAAAACGUUCAACUCAGGCAACGACUCAUUCACAAUCAAAGCGCAUGGCCAUUACUACUUCACUUCUGGAUUUCCUGGUCACUGUGUGACCGGUCAAAAGCUUGAUGUUAGGGUUCCAAAAUCAUCUCAUGUUGCCGCCACCCCACCACCAAAGCCAACCACAAGUCUAAGUCCUAGCCCAAACCCCUCUAACUCAACAAUGUCACCCAUGGAGUCAAAGGCAAUGGCGCCUAGCCCGGUAGACAAUGCCGUCGCAUCACACGAGCCCAAGUGGUUGCUUAUGAGCACUAUUGGUGUGGCCAUAAGUGGUUUUGUGGUUUUGGUUUGUAGUUAAGUUUAGUAAUAAAGUGCAAAAAUUUUGAUAUUAUAAUAAUUAAAUGUAACCUUAACUAAUUGGUUAGUAUUUCAUCAUUUGGUUUUCUUAGUCCUAGUUAUGCUUGAUUGUUUUUUAUCAUUAGAGUACAAAGUGGCAUAAAUUAUGUUUUAUGGUAAUGUUUUAAGCAUUUUGAAAAUCCACAAGGUGAACAUAGAAAAUAAACGACAUUUUGGUACAUAUGUAGUGGUGAUGAGGAGUUCAUACCUAGAAAAUCCAUGAAUCUCUAUUUGCA